UGCUCCCAGAGGACUCUGAGGGACUCAUGUCUCUUCUCUCCCGGAGCGCGAUGGGCCCGCACGGCACGAGCAGAUCUGUUCAGAGAUUGGAGUUCUGCAACUGCAAGAAGGGACUCGGGGUGAAGGUGAUCGGGGGGUACCGAGAUCUGACCGGAGAGGAGUUCGGUAUCUACGUGAAGAGAGUGAUCGCCGGGGGGCUCGCCGCCCAGGACGGUCGGUUAAAGUCAGGUGACCUGAUUCUGGAUGUCAAUAACAUCAGUCUGAUGGACGCGACCAAUGAGAGGGCGGUGGAGAACCUGAGGAUGGCGUCCCUGUCCAAUCACAUGACUCUGCUGAUCGCCAGAGACGAGGAGUCCAGGUGAGACAGAAACACUUAGGGGGGAAAUUAACUCUUUAAAGUAGAGACACUACAUACUGA